UAAUGACAUUACAUUCAUCAUAGUAUAUUAAUGAACAAUUGAGCGCAAUGAGUCUUAUUUCUUUUAUGCGGCUAAUUAUUGCUGUAUUAUUCUACAAUUUUCUUCCGUCACAUACAAUAAUGGUCUUUCUAUUAAUUCAAUUUUUAUUUCCGACACAAUUGUUACAUUACUAGGUACACAAUUCUCGUAAUUAAAAUUUAAUUUUUCUUUUUUUACAGAAAAUUGAUUAUCAAUUUGAGAAAUUUAAGUAUAGAUUCAAAAAUAAAAAAAUAUAUAUCGUUCUUUAUUGUUCAAGACUCGUAAAUCAAUCUAUAUCGAUCGCGACAACGAAAUACAGUAUUUAUGCUAUAACGUUUAUUUUUAAAGGCUGAUGAUAAGGUGGAACUAUAUACGACUCUAAUAGCAUAAAUGGUCUUUACAGUAUUAUGAUGUCUCAAUUGCAACGAUUAGUAAAACUUAUUUAUGCAUGAAUUAUCUAGAAUAUAAGUCGAGGUAAUUCUUUGUGCGAGAGAAUAGGGAAGCGAUAUAAUAUAAAAUGAUUCGAAGAAAUAAAAGCUGCAAUAAAAUAGCUUCUUCGGAACAUUGUCUAGCAAAAGGCAUUUUUAUCGAGACCUUUUAUAGACCUUGAAGUAUUUCCUCUAGACUUUUAAACGAGAACAAUGCACACUCUUUCCUUAUCGUUCGCUCUCUUGACGUACACCGGUUAUUGGCGACCCGUCAAACUGACCCCCACCAAAUAUUGGGCAUACAAUGUUUAUUCCGUCAUAAUGAUUUUUCUUCUCUACUCAUUUACGUUUUGCGGUUUGGUCGAUUGUUUCAUGAUCGAGGAUCUUGAGACCUUCAUCGAAAAAUUCUCGCUGUUUUUGUCGGUGCUCGGCGUCAGCUGCAAAGUAUUGAACCUGGUGCUACGUCGGGACGAGAUUAUCGGUCUCACUGAUAUGCUGCUGACGGACAUUUGUGUACCCAGAGACAAUCACGAGAUGAAUAUCCAACGGAAAUUCGAUCAUAAUGCCAAAAUAAUUACUAUCUACUGCGAGAUAUUGAACGAGUCGGCCGUCUUCUUCGCCACGAUUGCUCAAUUACGGCACUUUGCCAAAACCAGGACUUUACCGCUCUCCGACUGGGUGCCUUACGAUAUCUCGUCGACUGCUAUCUAUUGGGCUACUGUACUGCACCAAACUAUUGGACUGAUAGUCUGUGCGAACGCCAGCGUCGCUCACGAGACUCUCAUCUCCGGCUUUAUGAUUCAGACUUGUGCUCAGCUGGACAUACUAUGUCAUCGCGCUCGCAUAUUGCCGGAUUUGCUACGAGAGGUUCGAAAAUCCAGCAUUUCGAAAGAGGCUUUGAAGGCGCGAGAACAGAGACUCGUCCGCGAGUUUGUCCAUCAUCAUCGCUACGUGUAUAGAUUCGCGGAACGCAUCAAUGCGGUAUUCACGCUGAUGAUCCUCCUACAAUUUUCCAUAAGUUCGACAGUACUUUGUCUUAGUAUCUAUAAAAUGUCGAAGAAGAGCUUACUGAGCUUCGAGUUCGCAUGGAGUUUGUCGUAUCUCGGUUGCAUGCUUAUGCAGAUCUAUUUGUACUGCUGGUUCGGCAACGAAGUGACACUGAAGAGUACUGAAAUCGGCAAUGCCGUUUAUGAGAUGGAUUGGCCGAUGCUUCCUGUUGAUUUAAUGAAGACUCUUUUGUUGAUAAUCACACGAUCUAAGAAACCGAUAAAGAUAACUAGCGGCUACAUAAUUACUUUAUCCAAUGAAUCUUUUAUGAAGAUCAUCAGAAUUUCCUAUUCAGCAUAUAAUGUCCUACAAAGCUCUUAAUAUUUUUGAGAGCAAUUAUUCUCUUAUCGAUUGUAAGCCGUAAUUAAACUCUAAGCGACAGCCAACUAA